GCGUCGUCAUGUCCGAGAGCGCUCCCGCCCCGGCUGCCGAGGCAGCGCCCGCCGUCCCAGUCCCUGCAGCUAAGGCCGCCGCCAAGAAGCCGAAGAAGGCGGCAGCCAGCUCCAAAGCCCGCAAGCCCGCGGGGCCCAGCGUCACCGAGCUCAUCACCAAGGCCGUGUCCGCCUCCAAGGAGCGCAAGGGGCUCUCCCUCGCCGCGCUCAAGAAGGCGCUGGCUGCCGGCGGCUACGAUGUGGAGAAGAACAACAGCCGCAUCAAGCUGGGGCUCAAGAGCCUCGUCAGCAAAGGCACCCUGGUGCAGACCAAGGGCACCGGUGCCUCUGGCUCUUUUCGCCUUAGCAAGAAACCUGGAGAAGUGAAGGAAAAGGCUCCCAAGAAGAAAACAACCGCAGCCAAGCCCAAGAAGCCGGCAGCUAAGAAGCCCGUCGGCACCGCCAAGAAGCCCAAGAAGGCAGUGACAGCGAAGAAGAGCCCCAAGAAAGCCAAGAAGCCGGCAACCAAGAAAGCAGCCAAGAGCCCCAAAAAGGCGACGAAGGCUGCCAAGCCCAAAAAAGUAGCGGCAGCAGCGAAGAGCCCAGCGAAGGUGAAGGCGGUGAAGCCGAAAACAGCAAAGCCGAAGGCAGCCAAGCCGAAAACAGCCAAGGCGAAGAAGGCAGCCCCCAAAAAGAAGUAAGGUUCCCGUGGAAGAAAAGUCGUCUACCGCACUUAAAACCCAACGGCUCUUUUAAGAGCCACCCAAAUUUUCUCGAAAAGUGCUGAAAUAAGAUUUGUUUUCAAAUA